CCGGAAUCUCCUCCUCUCUCCUCUGCCUCAGUCUGUGCGCGAGAGACAGAGAGACAGCCCGGAAUACCGGGAGACUGCAUGAGACAGACCCCCAGUGCGCACUGUCACCGACCCGGAGGAACAGCCUGGGACACCGGGGACCAGGCUGGAAGGCGGCGAGGGACUGUGUCCGCAGCCUGGGAGUGACAGAGACAGAUCCCGGCCGGCGAGAGGAUGGUUAUAAACUGUGUGCAAAGGCGCUAGACAAAGAGACAGCAGCUGGGGGCAGAGACUGUCACCUAGAGCCUGGAUACACAUUAGACGCACCAGCUACACAGCUGCUCGGUGACAGUCCCUCUGCUGCCGGGAGAUGCUGGGAAUACAGUGACCGGGCGCAGGACGAGUCUGUGGGCUCCAGAUCUGGUGCUGAUCCCCAGCGGGGGAGACUGGAUCACAGGCAGAUCGCUGCUAGACAGCUGGAUUACGAGUGGAUCCAGCACAAGUGAGACAAUGAACUAUUUGAAUGUACUGGCCAAAGCUCUGUAUGACAAUGUGGCAGAGUCUCCGGAUGAGUUGUCCUUUCGAAAGGGAGAUAUCAUGACGGUGCUGGAGUGUAAUACGCAAGGUCUUGAUGGCUGGUGGCUCUGCUCUCUACACGGGAGACAGGGCAUUGUCCCCGGAAACCGGCUGAAGAUUCUGGUGGGGAUGUAUGACAAGAAGCAAGGAGGCGGUAAUGACCAGGGCCAACAGAAACCUCAGCAACAGCCCCAACAGCAGCCACCCCAAACUCCAUCACCUUAUAACAGCCAAGGUGUCUACAAUGUCCUUUCCACCAAUCAGUACCCGCCUAUUCAUCCUUCCUUCCAGAACCACAGUGCAGACAGUGUUUACUUGGUCCCGACACCACCUAAAGGACAACAGACACUUUACCAGAGCCCUCAGGGUUCACAGCACCCAAGUCAAACUACCCCUUCCAAGAAAUCUACCAUGUACCAAAACCAGUUCAAAAGUCAAGUUCAAGACAUAUAUCAGGUUCCCCCAUCCAUGAAUCAACCCCAGGAUGUCUACCGGGUUCCAGUAGGAUCCAUCAGCCCUCCCAAGCCUCGGGAUGUUUAUCAGGUUCCAGUUUCUGCUGGAACAGGGCAAGAUAUCUACCAGGUGCCACCAUCAAUGACCCCAUCGCAAGACAUCUACCAAGUGCCACCAUCCAUGGACAUUCGAGGGGGAGAGCUCAGGAAACCUCCAGGAAAGGUUGUUCUUCCCACACGGAAGGGGCAGUCCUAUGUGUACGAGUCCCCAAAGCCAGAGCAUCAGGAUGAGUACGACAUUCCCAGACACCUCCUUCCUGCAGGACAACAGCAGGAGAUCUAUGAUGUCCCCACCAGGUGUUUAGUGAACAGCUACAGCCCGGAGGUGUAUGACAUUCCACCGAUGGCGGGAAAGGGCCCUGUCAGCAGAGAGCAAACCCAGGAGAUUUAUGACAUCCCUCCCAGUGUGGAGAAGAUUCUCCAGGACCAGUUGCAGUCCCACUUAAUGAUCUACGAUAUUCCGCCUUCCGUAAGUAAAGAUGUGCCGGACGGUCCUUUUAGAGAAGAAACCUAUGACUUCCCACCUGCUUUCUCAAAUCAGAAGAUGCAGGUUGCUCCUCAGGCUUCCACUCACCUCCAUGACCCAGAGCCCUACAUCCCUGAAGAUAUCUACGAUAUUCCUCCUGCUGCUGUUAAGGGCAAUGACUCUGCAUUUUCCCAAGAGAUAUAUGAUGUUCCCCCUAGUUUAAGGAAGCCGGCUGGACAGAAUUUCCAUGAUGUUUAUGAUGUUCCGAGAGAGUUCCAUACAGGAAAAGCAUCAUUGGAGACCGAUGCAGAUUAUAUAUAUGACGUCCCUCCUCAGGUGGACAGGGAGGUCAAAAUUGUAGAUGAAUUGGUGGGCAAUUUCAAGAGGCUGUCUGCCUCCAGCACCGGUAGCACCAGGAGCAACAUCUCAACCUCUUCGCUUGACACUAUCCCAGUGAAAGAAUCGUCAGUCCUCCCACCAAAAACAGCAGGGAAGGAGCUGAAUCUAGAUUUAGAGGCAGCCAUGGAGCUGCUGGUAAAACUACAGCAUGGGGUCAAUAGCUCCAUCUCCUACCUAAUGUCCUUCAUCAGUAGCACCUGGAGAAGUCCAGAUCAAAUCGAAGCCAAUGUGCAGAGUAUCCAGGCUGCAGUUGAUGGAGUAAAAAGCACCGUCAAGGAUUUGUUGGAAUUUGCCAAAGGAGCAGUGGUAAACUCGGCACAAGCGUCUGACCGGACUCUUCAUGCCAAGUUAAGCAAACAGCUACAGAAGAUGGAGGAUGUCUACCAGCAACUGCUUAAGCACAGUCAGGCGCUGGACAGCUGUAACUGGGCCUUGAAUGUACUGGUAAAUAACAAACAGGGAUCUUCAGAUGACCUUGAUUGCUUUGUGAUGUAUUCGAGAGGGAUACCAGAUGACACCAAGCAGUUAUCUUCCUUUCUACAUGGAAACGCCUCUUUACUCUUUAAAAGGACAAACAAGCAGCUUUCUUUGGGAGAUUCCCAGUCUGGACAGGAGAGUAGCAAUCACUUGGCUAACAACAACAAUAAUUUGUCUGUUGGUCAAACAGGGCACACGGAAAAAGCUAGUAUACAGUCAAGACCUCUGCCAUCUCCACCGAAAUUCAUUGCGGAAGAAUCUCCUGACGGGCAGUAUGAAAACAAUGAGAGUGGCUGGAUGGAAGAUUAUGACUAUGUCCAUUUACAGGGUAAAGAAGAAUUCGAAAAAACCCAGAAGGAGCUGCUGGAAAAGGGAAACAUUAUACGGCAGGGAAAAGGUCACCUGGAGCAGCAACAGCUGAAGCAGUUCGAGCGUCUGGAAGAGGAAGUUGCGCGGCCGAUUGAGAACGACCUGUCAAACUGGACGCCCCCCCAACACUACAGCCAAGUGCGCAGUGCCCUCAGCAACUCCGACCGGCAGCUGCUCCUCUUCUACCAAGAACAGUGCGAGGCCAACGUCACCACCCUGACCAAUGCCAUCGAUGCCUUUUAUAGCUCCAUCAGUAGCAACCAACCUCCCAAAAUCUUUGUGGCUCACAGCAAGUUUGUCAUCCUCAGUGCCCAUAAGUUGGUAUUUAUCGGGGACACGUUGUCACGCCAAGCCAAAGCUCAGGACGUUCGGAACAAAAUCACCCACUUCAGCAACCUUAUGUGUGACAAGCUCAAGGAGAUAGUCCUUACCACCAAGACAGCAGCACUUCAGUAUCCGUCACCAUCAGCGGCCAAGGAUAUGGUGGAUAGAGUCAAGGACCUUAGUAACAGCACCCAGCAGUUUAGAAUGGUUCUCUGUCAGCUAGCCUCCAUUUGAUUGGCCGGUCGCCAUCACCUGGCCUGACACCGAUAGAUGCUGAGAGGAGCUACUAUGAGGAGCCAAAUAUGAACCCUCUUUAGAGACAUUUAAAGGGCUCUAAUGGUCCUUCACAACAAGAAAAGAAACUGUGAUUCAAUGAACUUUCAGUUCUAUCCUGUAAAUAUUUCAGAUCCAUUGUUGGAAAUCGGGUGGAAUUACUUUUUCAUUCCAUGUCCCAACGUAAUAACAAAGGAGAACUUUUUUUUUUUUUGGGCGAUGCAUUUUAUUAUUAUGUUUGUGUUUUACACUGCAAUAGCAAAGAGGCUUAUCCACUGAGACGGCGUCACUGUCCUGGGCAGCCUGUGUAAUAGGUAAUACACCACUGGCUCUGGUCACUGAAAGCACCACUCAUCCUUUCAUACAGAUGUGUCCACAUACACUUACCCUGAUAUGGCGUCAGAUAUCCCCGUUUGGCACACAUGGGCGAAGCUGCGCCAGAGUCUGUUUCACAUGUGUCUUAUUUCCAUGGCUAAUGCCACAAAGCUACAAUGCAGGAAUCCCAACCGCUGCUGACGCUGGCGUUUCCUGUGCCUCAGUAUGUGACGCGGGCUGAUUCACAGGUGGGCGCUAAUCUGAUGUUUGCUGCUAGCGUAUGGGGUUGCCGAUGAGCCGCAUUCCAGAAAACGGCGACAUGUCUGCCCCGUUUUCUGGAAAUGCCAAAGUCAGUGGCUGCGUCCUAGGAUUGAGUGAGUUACCCUGACAUCCCGAGAAACCUCAGGGUCACGCAGAUGAUCCAAUGCUGCUUCUACAGGCUCAGCGGCGGGUCAGAGAAGCCGUCAGGAGCUUUCUAUGUACACAAGGUGCCUCCUGCGGCGUUUACAUAUUGUCGCACAAAGACGCAGCAAUAUCGCUCCCCCGUGAAUCAGCCCCUCACUAAUCUGAGCAGAGCGUUCCGAUGCAAGCGAACCGCCUUGCGCCACAUAUCAUUAUGCCUAAUCUGCGACUUUAUAGAAAUUCCUCUGCGACAAAAGUACUAGUCUAGUGUGCCUGAUACACUGUGAGCGACUUUAUAUGGGACAGCGAAGGGAAUAAGAUGCACAGUUCAGGAAAAAGUACUGGGACCGCUACCCUUGGCAGAACAUCUAAGUUGCACCAGGCGUUCCGUGUCAUAUGGCGCAAACAUGCUAGGUUGAAUGAGGCCAUGUAUAUAUCAGCGCUCUUUAAUAUGGGCCUUUUAAGUUUACUCAGAAUUAUCAGAAGUGAUCUAGUUUUAUUGGACAACAGUCUGCGGAAUGGAACGGUCACCUCCCAAUUUAAAUGAGACAACACCAAAGCAGCUUCAUGCAUUUACCCCCAAGGGACGCAGGUACCUCUCAGUCCCAAUACGAUUACACAGGCUACCGCAGUACAUAUGACCCGUUCAUACCUGGGCCUGUCACAAUGCCUUAAAUCCAUUCUUAGCGAGUGAUCAUCUUUCAUAUUGACUGAAACACCAAUCAUUGUAACAUUGAAUCUCUUAGGAUGUAAUUAUGUGUUGUUAUCUUUGGGAGAAUUCAGUGUAUUUUGAUGUAUACGUUAUGGGGCCCAUACAUCUGCAGAUAUUAGGGGCAAUUCCCUGUUCUGCCGAUGCUUGGGUUGGGGGAUCAGCAUAAUCCAACAUGUUGGACAAUCCUGAUUUGCCGAUUCCGACCCAAACAUGAUCGGAAAUGGGCGAGUUGGGGUUUUGUAACAUGUAUUUUGCUGAUCCCCCGAGAAAUUGAUCAGCAGAUUCCGCCGAUCAUCAGUUUGGAACGGCUAAUCGGAAUGGGGAAAUCGCCGCUUAGAUGUAAGGGCCCCAUUAGACUUUCUGUUUGUAGGAUGUAUUCUGUGAGAUAACAUAAUGUGGUAAAGGACGUACUGUCAGGGUGGAACCUAUUCAUGUGCCGUUAAUGAAUAUUGUAUUCUGUCCUGCCGUCAGGAGAUGGAACCACGUGGAACUGACACUGAGAUUUCCAAAGCGGCAAGUUUCUGCCAAUUUAGCACUAAGCUUUAAAGCAGAACGUUUGUACAAAGUGAAACCAGGUUGGUUUUGUAAUGUAAAAAAUUAACAGCUUUAAGCCUUGGUUCUAAAUAACCAAAAUCUUGGUACUUUGACAAUCUCACAUUAUAUUACAUUUGCGCCCCGGUGUUCACCCCUUCCGGAGACUCUCCUCUCAGCUCAUGCCAUUGUUUGGGAGUUUAAUAAUACUGUAUGUGGUGCAUAAAAUACACAUCUGUCUACUUAUCGGCAACAAGAAGCGGGUUAUAAAGAGUCAGCCUUUCUUUUUAAUCUGUUUUUCUGUCUGAUUGUUACUACCAUUAUAAUAACAACAGUUACUUAGCAGCCAUUUUGUGGGCGGAACCAAUAUUCCUGAGAAUACAGCCUAUCAUUUCGCUAGGACCCAUCACCUCAUGAAUAUUCCUCAUGAAUAGUGAUCGCCGGCUGCUUCGCUGACAUCACUGCAUCCUAAUCAGCUGAUAGGCUGCGCUCUCUGUACUAUUGCUGCAAUGUUGCUUCCAUUAUGUGUGGGGGACAGUGCUAAUUAUGGAGGCCUGGCCACCUCAAUCACUAAUCUAGUCAGAUUGCUUAGAAUUUAAGCACUGAUCUCUCCGUGUGUACCCCCCUUGAAAGACCAUUGUGCCUGCUCUGAUAGCACACUUACACCCCAGGGCGUCCUGACACCCUGUCUGUGGGCUAUGUUGCUGCAUGGAGGUCAGUCACUGCCUUUACCUCAGUUUCAGCUGCAACAGUGAUCGCUUCCAAAAAUUGUUGACAGAUGUUUUUAACUCUGCAUACCUUUAAAAACAUAUUAAAAAUAAAGGGUGACUCGUACAUAUGUUUUAUAUACCGUUAUCGUAGAUACCUGAGCAGAGUCGGUAGAUCUGAGGCCGUUUUCAUGAAAUGGUUUCUACCUGUGUAAAAUCCUUUUGAUUCCUAAUGGACCACUGCACUUAAGUCGGCUUUCAUAGGAGAUCUACUGGUAACAUUUACAGCAGUGUAUGUAACAGAUAGUGGUCAUGGGGAGAAGGGGUUUCCUGUGCACAGAACGCUUUAUACUAGUAAUUUGAAUGCGAUCACCUUAUACUGCGGGACCCUCGUGGCCUACUGUGCAUGAGCAGCCCACAAUGGCUGACUCCAUCUGAAGACGGUGUUACCUACCGCAGGCCAAGCUGUGCAAUGGUUGGAGGGGCUAUGGGGACCACUAUUGUGAUCAGAAAAACUGUGGAACCGCCACAGGUAUCAGAGUUACCUCCUACAUACAUCCAGAAGAUGCUUACCCUCUGCAGGUGUCCCACCGAAACCGUCUGGGGAUUAACCCAACAUUGUUUCACAAAUAUUCUCCCGCUAUCUGAAGUUCUGUCCAAGUAUGGGAAUUGCGACACGUAUAUGUGUGAAUGUUACCAGCAGCUCUUGCAUGUAAGGAAACCUGCAUUUUAGGUUUAGCGGCCCUUUAAUGACACCAGAACUAUGCAUCUCACUUGCUCGAGGACAGCUGUCUAGCGAUAUAUAACAAUACCAUUCACUGAUUUAGGAAUAUAAAAGAACAUCACUAAAAAUAUAAACGGAUAUAGCAAGAGGCAUGCAACUUACUUCCAUCAAUUCACCAUGAUGCGAGAGAGACUUAUCUGCGAGAAGACCUCCACCCGCGGAGCAGUAGAGGAAACAGGACUGAGGUGUGGCCCAUGGGACCAGUACCUAGUGGGCUGUGGGAAGAGGCUGUGGAGAAGAACCCGUAAUGCUAUCUGAUGUGGACACAAACAUUGUUUUUUGUUCAUGGUUUUUAUCCUGUUAAUUCUUUCCAACCAGGGAAAUAUGAACUCCCCAGCUGUGGAAGGGUUAAAGUCAUCUGCACAAUGUGCACCGAUGGCGACCAAUUUGCAAAAUUCCAAUCAUGCAUUUGUAUUUAUUUAUCCAACAUCCAUUCAUAUGUAGAUCAAUCUAGCAUUUGAUAUGAUCAGAUGGUUGAAUAAACAUUACUGAUCCA